AGGUGGAGAGGGAGAGAGGGUGAGUGAGUGUUCAUUAAUGGAAACUGGGAUUCGGAUGGCGUGGAGGAAUACCCAACUGAGACUUAGGAGGAGGAAAAAGAAAAUUAAAAAAAGAGAAUACUGAGAGAAUUAACGGCAAUAAGAAUUUUAUUUUCCCCUUCUAAUUUUUUUGAAUAAUUAUUAUUUUUUAAAAAAAAGAAAAUAGGGAGCGAAGGUCUUUAAAAGCGGGCACAUGGGUUGCGAGAACGACGACACAGGGCAACGCAAACAACAACAGCAGCAGCAGCGCCGACGCACCCUCAUCGCUAUAACUCCUACCCCUUCUUCCUCUCUCUCUCUCUCUCCCCUUCUCCUUAAUCUCUCUACUCUUUUGGGCUUUGUUGCGAGAGAGAUUGUGCGUGUGUGUGCGCGCGCGCGAGAGAGAUUGUGCGUUUGUGUGGGGGGAAUCGAUGGAAGGUAAGAAACCCUCUUCUUCUCCUUCAUCUUCAUCUUCAUCUUCGAUCGCCGACGAGCUCUUCGGGCGCAAAGAUGGGGGGAAGGGCUCGUCGUCGUCGUCGUCGUCGUCGUCGUCGUCGUCUGGUGGGUACUUUAGCAGUGUGUUCCCCCCCGCCUCUGCGGUGAUGGGCAAGGAUGCAGCACAUUCUGACUUGUACUGGGCAUUGAACAAGCAGAGAGCUGAGGGUCAGAAUGGGAAUUCUCAUGAAGGUAAAUCUCAGGGCAGUCCAAACAAGAAUCAGGCCACAUAUAGUAAGGAUGGGAAACCCGCUUAUUCGACUGAGUCGACUGAGUCGCCUUACUUUGGGUCCUCUGUGCAUUACGGCGGCCGAGAUUUCUAUGGUAGCGCUCCAUCCAAGCAUGCCACUGAUUCUUCUAAAAGCUACAAAAAUGAUGAGGAUGAUGAAUCGGCAGCUACUAGAGGGAACUGGUGGCAAGGUUCCCUCUACUACUAAGGGAAAUAUAAGGAUUGGUGUGCUCUACUUUUAGAUGUAAGAAGGUACUUACUACUUAGGAAGCAUAAAAACUAAAGCUGCUGCAAAAAUAUCCAAGAACUAUGGAAGCAGACAUCUGUUCGCGAGUAGAGGCAACCUUUUCGGUGCAUCGGCUUUACCGAACGGUGUAUUUUGUUGGUCUACUUUUAGGCUUAGACUAGCAAAUAUCAAUGACUAUCCAUACUAAUUGGAGGCAGCAGACUUUUUUAAUAAGCUUCUGUUGCUGUUAUAUAGAUGCUCUUUAGAAACUAUAAAGUUAGGUUUGGUUUUAUACUUUUUCGGUUUAGAGGUGACUAGCGAGCUAGUGAGCACACCAUUAGAACUUAUCUUCUACUUACAAUGAAAGAGUGGACGCAAUGUUCUGCUUGUUUGUUAUCUGUCGCUAUCUGUAAGGUAUUGUAUAGAAAUAUGCUUGUUUUCUUUCUUGUUCAGGCGUUCAAGAUUAUUUUGGCCAAAUUAUACUUUUA